UCAAAAGCUGUUGUUCGCCCUGGAACCAUUGCUGGGCAGGUCUGCACCGCCGAGAUGCAGUUCGCUAAUCACUCUGUCUUGUAUACACAGGUCAUGAAGACGACAAAGUGAACGUGUCACGGGGAUACGAGCCUGUACUUCUCGCACAACGCGACAUCAAGCAGUGAAUGAACGUUGUUCCUUCCUCGCUCCCUCGUUGAAUUGUAGGCCUAAUUUUAGCAGAUUCUAAUCUUUUCUUUGGGAGCCUGAAUUUGGCAUCAUGUUGCCAAGGGCAGAUUCAGGUGACUCAUCGUCGACGAGCUCCGACAUCGAGUUUUCUCGAAUGUUACCUUCGGCAAGGGCACGACCAAAGGCACCUUCUAGGUCACCCAAACGUGAAGGCGACCGCAUCCCUCAGAACGCUCCAAGUUCCGCAGAGUAUGUUUCAGCGGCUAGCACUACUGGUGGGACAACUCCAUGCUCUUCGCCCGAGAGAAGCAGGGUUCCUGCCGGAGCUGGUGCCAAGAAGGGCCUUCGCCAGGUGAAGCAACCCGGCCGCAACUUGGAUGAAGGUCAAACCUUGACCGAUGACAUGUCCGAAGGCCCUCCUAGCACGCACGGCGCCUUGCCUUUCCGGAGUCCAGAACCACUGCCUCGACGUCACAGAGACCACACUAGCAAGCAGCGCCGACUACCAACACGUGAUCGACAUCGCAUCAACGCACCCACAGGCAGGCGUCAGACAGCGCCCCAUCCAGUGGACGUAGACGGCAUCCAGGACACAUCUGCCAGUAGAUACCCACCGUGGGAGCCGCCAAGCGACUCCGCUCACGAUAUGCCAUACUUCCUGUCCGUUCAGAAGUCUGUUUCUGAAGGAAAUUUACUGAUAAGCGCACCUCGAAAACCUAAAAAGAGGCAGCAACCGCCUCCACAGGAACGCGUCAGCCGACGGUCGCACAAGGAUGGCAGGGAACAAAAGCCAUUCGGGAAAGUUCGAGCUGCAAUAGGAAAGCUCACCCUCAGCUCCGUGGACGACACUUCGCCGCCCUCCUUUUUAAUCCCGCAUAGAGAGACUGAAGGCAGCGACAUGAAAGUGUACUCUGUUCAUGGAGAGUCUUUGACGCUGGAGACGCAGCAAACAGUAACUGGUAGCAGCCGCAAACCAACCAGUUCCGUCGCUCCGUCCGCGGAGAGCGGCAGCCCUGCACGGCCAGAGCGUGAUUCGUGGAUUGUUCCAGUUCCAUCACCUCGACUGCAGACGAUGGUAGCGGUUGAGAGCGGUGGAUUUCCCGAGGAAGGACACAGUCACGAUGUCUUGCUAAGGGAAGAUGUGUCGCCGAAGUAUUGGGAAAGGAUGUUUGGCAAGAAGGAGUUCGAGAUGCGAGACGCGAUUGGGUUCGACGCUGCCCAGCGUGAAGCAAUUACAGGCGCCACACUGAAAAAAUCAGCUGGGGAGGUGAUACCAGUUGAACUGAAAACUACUGACCAGAUUCCUGAGGAACAAGUCUUGGACUUCUGCCCAGCAAUGUUUUCACCUAUUGAAGAGACUUUUGUCAAGGAAAUCUUCGCUCCUUGGCCGGCACCGAACGCCGAUAAAGAUUCUGAACAUUCAAGGACAAGCACAUUCAGAGACAAAAGCCAUAGGACAGAGAUGGGUACACCAGAAGGAGACCGCAAAGUAAGCGAGCAUGAAAAGCCAACCUCAGAAAUAUCACCAGAUCGAAGAAGCUCGAGAAAAACGAGCGUUCCUGCAGAGAGGCAGAUAAAGCGCACCACAGGGCUGGAUGACCUAAGGCGUCAAAAUCUCCUUCCGCUAAAGAAAGACGACCAGCCAGAUUUCAAUAAGAAGUUGCGACGCACGUCAACGAAAGGCGGGGAUCGCUCCAGCAUUGGCCCAUCUGGGCCAAUGUCCGCCGCAGAAGGAGGCCUUCACUCUCAAACGUCGCAAGGCAGACGUCGUAGCAGUCGAGCGGAGGCAGAUGGAAAAAUCGCAGCCACGCUUCCUCGUAAAGUCGCGGGGCACGAACACAUCGCUGUCUCUAAGGGAGGUGGAUCUGGCAGUCCCGAGAAGAGUUUCCCAGCGAGCUCGCAUCCGUCUUCGCGAGGUCUUGUGCACAAGAUUUACAGAAAACAGUACGACGGCCAUUCUCGAAGCUCUGAAAGGCGAGCACCCGCAGCGCAGUCCGCUGCACCCACUUCAAGCGAAGACCAUUACAAGGGUUAUUUACACGCUGGAAAGCUAUUGCCUCCUCCAUCGCGUAUAACCUCGCCCCUGUCACUUCUCUCUCCAGCUGAAGCCAAGACGCCAGGGGAGGAAAAUGCGAAGGAAAGUAGAAGAGCUUCUAAAGGGUCAUCCUCCGCAGGAAAAUCUACUCCUGCGGAGGGACCAGAUGAUAAAAAGCCGACGGAAAGCUCUGGCAAGCUUACACCCGUAGAGGAGCACGCCGAUGAAGCUGCAAGACUCUCAAAGGGACGUAGCCCCGGCGAUGAAAAAUCACCUGAAGAAAAGCCUCCUGAAGGAUCAGCAGGAGAUUCCAGUAAGCUGGCAGGUACCGUAGUUCCAACCCCCGCCACCGAGGGCGAAGAGGAGGAACUCUCCGUAGAGUUCCCACCUAAGGGAGAUUCUUAUAACCAGACCACAGAGAUCAGACCAGCUACUGAAGAAACACCACCUGAAGAGGAAGGGAUUGUUGCCGUUCAGGAAAAAUCACCCAUAAAAUCUCGCGAGGCAUCAUCACCAGGGGAGGUAGAGGAACCACAUGAAGGCUCCGUAGAACAGUAUAGCGGCCACAAACUUCAUGAAAAGGAAGGUCAACUAGGAGAUAAAGACAUUCCACGUGGCAAUCUCCUCAAGCCGAUCAGGAGCCGCGAGCUGGAGGUGCGACUUAUGCUAGCCGGCAUGGCCGUUGACGAUGCCGUGAAAGAAGUUACCGAAGCAGUAUCCGGGGAAACGUCACUUGAAGAAUAUGAUGAAUACCGAGAUUUGUUUCCGAUGGAGGAGGGAGGCAAAGUAGAAGCUAAGCUUCCGCGCGCUCACAUUCUCAAACGGAUGAGAGGUCGAGAAUUAGAAGUUGGAAAUAUGGUAUUGGGAAUGUCCGCUGAGGAAGCGGAAAUGAUUGUUCAGGAAGGGGACGCUGUCGAAGGAACAAUAGAAGAGGACGAUGAACUUCGAGGGUUUUACGAAGAAAAGAGUGAAGGUGAAGAAGGCAAGCGACCAACACCACGUAUUAACAUUCUAAAAGCGAUGAGAGGUCGAGAAUUAGAAGUUGGAAAUAUGGUAUUGGGAAUGUCAGCUGAGGAAGCGGAAAUGAUUGUUCAGGAAGGGGACGCUGUCGAAGGAACAAUUGAAGAGGAUGAUGAACUUCGAGGAUUUUACGAAGAAAAGAGUGAAGGUGAAGAAGGCAAGCGACCAACACCACGUAUUAACAUUCUAAAAGCGAUGAGAGGUCGAGAAUUGGAAGUUGGAAAUAUGGUAUUGGGAAUGUCAGCUGAGGAAGCGGAAAUGAUUGUUCAGGAAGGGGACGCUGUCGAAGGAACAAUUGAAGAGGACGAUGAACUUCGAGGGUUUUACGAACAAAAGAGUGAAGGCGAAGAAGGCAAGCGACCACCACCACGUAUUAACAUUCUAAAAGCGAUGAGAGGUCGAGAAUUAGAACUUGGAAAUAUGGUAUUGGGAAUAUCCGCUGAAGAAGCAGAGGUGAUUGUUCAGGAAGGGGACGCUGUCGAAGGAACAAUAGAAGAGGACGAUGAACUUUACGAGUUUUACGAACAAAAGGGUGAAGGCAAGCGACCGCCACCACGUAUUGACCUUCUAAAAGCGAUGAGGAGUCGGGAAUUCGAGGUGACACGCAUGGUUUCAGGUAUGACACUCGAUCAAGCUGUCCACGAAGUAGCGGAAGAGGACGAAAAAUCGCUAGAAGCAUUUGACAUUUACGAUCUGUUGCCUGAACUCAAGGAAGAGGAGCCGAAGCAGGAAGUAGCCGAAGAAGCUCACGGGGAGGCAGAAAAAGAAAGCAGCAAGGCAGAAACGUCACCCCCCGUAGAGGAAAGUGAGGAAGGAACAAAAGGUAAGCCAGAGUCCGAAGCUCUGGUUCCGGUCAGUCCGACAACAGUCGGGGUUUCUGAGGAAAAAACAUCUCCCAAAGAGGGAGAGGAGCACGAGAAAAUGGAAGAAGAAAAGGGCGAAACAUCAAAGAAAGAAUCACCAAAAGGAGAGUCGCCAAAGGAAGAACCAUCCAAGAAAAAAGAGGAUGUCAAGAUCACCUUCAUUAAGCCCGUUGGCAACGAAGCCUUUUACAUAGCGCUGAGCGAGAAAAGAACCAUCCCACUUCUGCUCCUCCUAGGUAACAUCAUAGUGCUCAUAAUUGUCAUCGUAUUGUCGCACUUUGGGAUCUUUUGGUGGUUCUACAUCGAACCCUUAACAACCGCAGCGCCACACUUGGAGACACCCAAGGGAAAGCUUGAGUUCGUCCGUCGAAACAUCCACUGUGGCGUCGCUGGAACUGCGCUGUUCUACGCCUUGAACCAUGAAACGCCACCAUGCGACAGCAUGUUCCAAUUCGUAUGCAGCCAGUGGAUACACCAACCCAGCCCGAAGUACAAGAAAGUGAUUCUGGGCGCAGAAAUGCGCUUCUUGGAACAUAUGUACGUCGAAGUGCGUCGGUCUAUCGAACGCCUGACAGUACUACCAGGACACUAUGCUCUCAGUAAAGUGGGUAGGCUGUAUCGCGGCUGCUUGGAUCGGAAGUACAGGGAUGGUCAGGGAGCACUGCACCUUAAACGACUGAUGGCCCAGUAUUUAUUGCUCGACUGGCCAUUGGAAGCGCAUGCGCUCACCGAUGUCGAAGAGCCCGUGGCAAAAUACAUUCGGGACACUGGCUCCGGGGCCUUCAUCACGGUGCGCCUGGUACCUGAUCCUGAUGACCCGAAUCAGUAUCGCAAAAAACUUGUCGCAUUGGAGUGUUCCAGCUUUGUUAUUCCGAUGGAUACCCUACUUACACACAGGACCGAGCAGAAAGAAGUGAUCAAAGCGUACAAGAACUAUAUCAGCCAUGUUGCGAGCGAUGUCAGCGGACGCAGUACUGAUGCCGCGGUCGCUAACAUCUUCGCUUAUGAGGUCAAUUUGGCUAACCGCUGUAACGUGCAGUGCCGGCGUAAGAGAUUGAAGAAAGUCAAAGUCAAUGACUUGAUGACAGCGGGCGGCAUCGACUGGGUGAGCUUCCUCAGGACUAUAUUCGACCCCAUCAACUACGCAGUUACAUCGGACAGCGACAUCCUCGUGCGCUCUGUGUCGUAUUUGAAGAAACUCUCCAAUCUAUUCAAAGGACGCACAGUGAGAACAAGGACUAUGAACUACCUUGGAUGGAGGUUCAUGCACCAGUUCGCACGCCAUUCGUCUACUGCCUUGCGAAAGGAGUACAGGGAGUUCUACGAGGCCAUCCUAGCGCAGGAGGAGGUAGCUGACUGGAAACUCUGCCUCUUCGACAUCAACGAGGCUAUGCCUUUCGCCAUGGGAAGAGUGUACGCCGACUACAUGGAGUGGCGUUCCACAGACUUCAAGGUACAUCUCAUGGUCACCAAUCUGAUCGAGAUGUUUGACCACAUGGUACGAGGAUUCACAUGGCUCCCCGGCGACACCCUGGAAAAAUUCAAGUCCAUCCUCACUAGAUCAAACGUUAACGUCGGAUUUCCUCGCUGGAUUCUAAACGACACCACUCUGAACGCCUGGCACUCCAGCAUUCCAGACACAGCGGAAUACACCAAGAACUACGCGCUCGCUGUCAAGAACAGGUUCCAGAACCAUCUCAAGACGAUCGCGGGCGACGUUGAAUUGAACAAGAUGUCUUAUUUUAUAUUUCCAUCACGAGUCGUUGAGCUGCGCCGCCGAUCGGGACCCCUCAGGGACAAUCUUUUCUAUGACAUUCGUGACAAUGCCUUUGUCGUUCCUGCGGGAACGUUCAGGGCUCCGUAUUACAACCCAGAUUGGACCGCCGGUCUCAACUUCGGUGGCCUGGGCUACAUGGUGGCCAGAGAUUUAGUGAAUGAAUUCUUUCACGCCGUCGAUGCGCAGUGGAUGGGCGACUCGGAGCGGCAAGAAUACAAGACAAAGUCCGACUGCAUCAUGAAAGCCAUAGCUCAAUCAUCGAGCACGGCUGUGGCUGAUGAAGUUCAGCGUUGCGCGGGAGUAAUGGCAGACUUCUUAGCGCUGCGCUUAAGCUACUCGGCUUACCAUUCCUUCUUGGACUACGAGGACGAAGGGACGUUACCUGGGAUGGAAGGAAUGAACCCGGACCAGAUUUUCUUCAUAGCAGCCGUUCGGUCUAUAUGCACGCAAAUUCGCGAGCAGAAUUACGUCAAAGUAGUUCGUCUUAAAAUGUCGGUGACUGAAAUGGAUCUAAUUGACGGCAUGCUCAAAAGCAUGGAUGAAUUUAAGGAUGCCUUUAGUUGCGAUGCGUCACCUGCCCAGGUUUUCAACGAUUGUUUCAACACGGGCGCUGCUAAAGAGAGGAAAAGGUCGCUAUGGCGUCCGCCGACAGUAGAAGAGACUUCUGCUUUGUUAAAUGUGACUGUUCCUACGCAACAUUUCAGAAGGCGGUCGAAAAAGGCGACGAAGAUGUCUGAAACGCCCAGGGACGAUAAAGUGACGUCUGGAGACUUUUCCUCAACGUAGCGUCGUUGGACGAGAACGUUCAUAUCCCGCUGCAUUUAACUCGUUGUUGUGGAAUGUAUAUAUGCAAAUACCUAUACACGUAAUACAAGUUAUGUAUUCAGU